CUAUUUGGGUUUAGAUUAGGAUCAAGAUCCGACCUGAAUAAUAUAAAGAUUUAAAUAAUAUUUUAAUAAUAUUAUUUGAAGUUUCACCCAAAAUAAUUUUCUCUUAAUAUUCAAAAGCAAUAAAUAUUUCACCACGCACCCUUUUCGGCUGCAACUUUUUCUCUGUCCUUUCCUUCCCUCUCUCUCCUUAAAGGUGGAGUUAAUUGUUUAAACCAAAAAAAAAAAAACUUAUAGUCUGUCUCACAUAAACUAGACACAAUUAUUUAAAGGAAUCCAAAGCUUCUAUUCACCCAAUAAAAAAAAAAAAAUUAAUACUCAUUUCCCCUCCCCAAAGACCACUUGCCCAAGCACUUGUAACGGGCGCCUCUCCCUCUCUCCGGGACUGGGUUCCGGUGACAUAGUAACUUUCGGGUCUGUGUCUGGGUCCCAUAAUACGUUUUCAGGUCAGGGUCAGGUUUGGCAGGACCAGACCUGAACCGUUGCCGCCGUCCGUUUCGGCUAAGUGAAGAAGGAGCCUUGUGGAGGGAAAUUUUAUUUCCCAAAUUUGACCCCGUAUGCGCGAAAGCUCUUUUGGACCUCUCUCUGUCUCUGAUUCUCUCACUCGCAACUCCGCCAUUACUGUUCCGUCAAACUCGUCAACUCCUGAACCCUCUCUAACUCAUCUUCAUCUGGUUAAGGAAGCAACCUGGUAGCUCGAUCUCAAGGUGAGGUUCUCCUAGAUCUCUUGAUACUUGUUUUUGUGGCAAUGAUGCAUUUUUUCUUUUUCCUUUUAUCUUUAAUUAAUGCAUUUUUUGGAUAUGAAUUUUUUACAAGUUCUGUAUGUACAAAAUGCAUAUUAGUUGUUUUUAUUACUGCAUAAUUUGUUUAGUUAGCAGCUGGAUCUGGUGCUUUUUUUAACUAGGGCAUUUGUUUUCGUUUAAUUAGUUCAUUUUUUUCUUUUUUUACUUAGAAUUUCAGUAGUUAAGGUCUGGCUCUGGUCUCCCUACCAUGAAUUCAUGUUUAUAGAUUUCCUUGGAAAAGAUUGAUUUAUUUUUUAUUUUUAUUUUUGAUUCAUGGUUCAUAAUUUUGUAGAAUCUCUUGCUUCUUGUGCUCUGCCAUGGGCAAGAUUCCUCAUUCUUUUGUUGGCCUUUUAAUUCAAAUUUUGAUUUAGUAGAUAUUAAAUUUCUUGUUUGUUUUUGUUUGGAAUUUAAAGUUUGUAGUGAGUUGUUAACGGUUGUUUCUGAAAAAAAAAAAUAUUUCGAAAGCGAUGGAUGAGGGUUCAGGGUAUAUGAGUAAUAAGUGCUGUAAGAGAACUAGUAUAGUUUUAGGCAUUUAAGGCAACCACUGGUUCAAAUGCUGUCUCCACAAGUUCUUAUUUGAAAGUCUUUUGUGGAAUUGCUUCAAUUUUGAGUGAGAAAUUUUUAAUGGUUUAUUAUGCUGCCUCUGCAACUCUUUAUUGUUAGUUUUGGUUGAAUUGCUUGAUUCUUAUUGCUGCAUCAUUAAUAGAAUGUUAGUGCAUUCGAUUACUGUUUCUUCAGUCAUUAGAUUAGCCAUGAUGUAUGCUUCUGGGCCCUAGACUAUGAUAUAUUGACAUGGCUAUUAUUAUUAUAUGGGGAGAACUUGUUGGUUUAAAAAGUUAGAUCACAAAGGGUUUGUAGUUUUGAAUGGGGUUUCUUGCAUGGUUAUAUACCUGUUAGUGCACUGAUAUGGAGUGCUGUACAGCUGUUCUAAAGAUCAUAUUCUUUUGACUUUCAUUUUUCUUCUAUUAUGAAAAAUUUAUCAGAAAAUUUAUAAUGUUAUGGUAUGGGGGUCAUGUUUUCUCAUUAUUAGUAUAUGGACUUGGACAAAGAGGUCUAGCUAUGUGUUUUUUGGGUGUCAUACUUUAUCAAGUUAUACUCAGUUGGAUGAUGUGGAAUUUAUGCAAUUCAUACGUAGGAUUGACUCACUACCAAUGUAAAAAGGGAAAUGCGCUGGUUUCCUUUGCUUACAUAAAACAUUAUACAUGCAUACCUGGAACAUGUAAAACUUGAGUUUUUCUUCUUUCAAAAUAGAGUCGAAGUAAUCCAAUCCCGAGGAUUGUUGUGUGUAAACAUACAGAAACACAUGAAGCAUCAAUAUUCAAUAAAAUCAAUCAGCAAGAAUAUGUAAUUUUCCAGGCCCAAGUACUGUUUGGUGUUUCAAGAUUCUGGACCACCUCCAAGAUCUAUGCAGAUGUUCCAAUUUGGACGAAGAAAGGAACUGCUGAGUUCUCAUCUUACUCUCUUAAAGAUCUGCACUGCCAAUGGCUGCCAGGGACCCACGCCGGACAUCACACUCUCUGGAGAUGGCCCACAGCAACAACGACAACGAAAAGGAGGAGUUUGCAGAUGGCGGGCGGGCCUUCUUAAUGGUAGCCCUGUGCCCCUGCCUAACCAUCCUUAUCGUCCUCCUCAUUGUCACCUCCAUCAUCCUCGUGGUCAAGUUCCACAUUUUUUGUCACACCCCUCUCCACUCUCUCUCCAAAGCCUUCCUGAAAAAACAAUGUGGUGGCCACUGAUCAUGAAACUCAAAACCAACUGGAUUCACUCUUCUAGGGCUCUUUCGGAUACUGAUAUGGAGACAACCAGUGAAGAAGAAGAGGAAGAUAAUGAUGAAGAAAAAGGUGAUGGAAAUGAUAGGGUCGAAUCAUUUAAUGGCAUUGAUUCAAAUGAAGUGGAGAGAAUUUGCAAAGUAAUCGAGGAUCUAUUAGGUUCAGAUGGAAACAUGGAAGCAGUUUUGGAUCGGAGCAGUAUCAGUGUGUCCACUCCUGUGGUGGUGAGCGUAUUGAACAGGUUGCGCCAUGCUUGGAAACCCUCAUUUCGAUUCUUUAGGUGGGCAUCUGGUAAGUCGGGUUUCUCUCACAAUUCAGAGACUUACAAUGCGAUGAUGGGAGUUUUGGGGAGGACUCGACGGUUCGAAAGCAUGGUGGAGAUGCUUGAAGAGAUGGGGAAGGUGCAUUGCCUCUCCAUCGAGACAUUUGAGAUUGCGAUCAGAGCUUUUGCUCGUGCUAGAGAGAUGAAGAAGGCAGUAGCCAUGUUUGAAUUGAUGGGUAGGCAUGGGUUUGAAGCGGGGAUCAUGACAUUCAACAAGUUGAUCGAUUCUCUUGCUAGAGCUAAGCUUGGAAAGGAGGCACAAAUUUUGUUUGAGAAGAUGAAGGAUCAGUUUAACCCAGAUCUUAGAACAUAUUCAAUCCUUCUCUUUGGUUGGAGCAAAGUGAAGAAUUUAUCCGAGGCAGGAAAGAUAUGGAACGACAUGAUUGAUAAGGGUUUCAGGCCUGAUAUUGUAGCUUAUAACACAAUGCUUGAGGGGCUUUUCUUGGGUAAUAGGCGUUCUGAGGCGAUCAAGCUCUUUAAGCUCAUGAAAGCUAAGGGCCCUUCUCCUAAUGUGAGGAGCUACACAAUUGUGAUAAGACACCUUUGCAAAGGUAAAAAGAUGGAGGAAGCCAUGGAUUUCUUCAAUGAAAUGCUAGCUAAGGGUUGUCUGCCCGAUCCUGCAGUUUACACUUGUCUAAUUGUUGGGUUUGGUAAUGCAAGGAAGAUGGACUGUGUUUAUGGUUUGUUAAGAGAGAUGAGAGAGAAAGGGUGCCCACCAGAUGGUCGAACUUACAAUGCACUGAUUAAGUUGAUGACUAAUCGUAAUAUGCCUGGUGAUGCAGCUAGGGUUUAUAAGAAGAUGAUUGCGGAUGGCCUUGAACCCACCUUUCAUACGUAUAACAUGCUCAUGAAGUCGUAUUUUUUAGUGAAAGAUUAUGAGAGUGGGAGAGCUGUAUGGAAAGAAAUGGCUAAGAAAGGAAUCUGCCCUGAUGAUAAUUCCUACACUGUUUAUAUUGGAGGGCUCAUAAGAGAAGGGAAAUCUGACGAGGCUUGUAAGUACAUUGAGGAUAUGAUAAACAAAGGGAUGAAACUACCUCAAUUUGAUUACAAUAAGUUUGCAGCUGAUUUCUCUAGAGCUGGGAAGCCUAAUAUACUAGAAGAACUUGCACAAAAGAUGAAAUUUUCGGGGAAGUUUGAUGUUUCAAAUAUCUUUUUGCGUUUUGCGGAUAGAAUGAAGAGAAGGGUCAAAAGGAGAGAUUCUGAUCAAACUAGACAGCAUAGGAUGUUCUGAGUUUCCUCCUCUUGUUUGGAAGUAUGGCUAAUAUUAUUCAUAGCCUUGUGUUGAUAUACUAUUGUCCAACACUCAAAAAAAAAGAAAGAUAUAUUGUUGUCCAUUACUUUA